UUCAUCCAUUCUUGUCUUCCUCCCUUUCCUCACCGUGUGUCCCUCUCCCUCCCUUGCAGCCAGCGGUGCGGUCUCACGGACGAGGACCUCAACCGGCGCUGGAGGGCCCCCAACCCCAGCCUCCACCCGACCAUCUACGGCGCCAAGUCGCUGCUGGAGUACCUCCGAAGCAUCUCGAAGCAGAAGGUGCGCGUGUUGCGACCUGCACGGCCACUCGCGCCAGAAGAACGUGUUCAUGUACGGCUGUUCGCGCAUGCAGUCCUGGUGGCUGGGCGACAAGGAGUUCCUGGACCACCCCGACUUCAUGCUAUUGCCAAGAUUAGCACAGAGCUGCAUGGCCACUUUCUCCCUGCGUGACUGCCACUUCCAAAUUGAACGCGCGAGAGAGUCCACAGCCCGGGUUGCGGUGUGGAGACAGUUUGAGAUACCCAUGUCUUAUACUAUGGAGGCGUCGACGUGUGGCUGUGAUCAGGGGCCCUACAAGAACUAUCACCUUAGCCCAAAGCAGCUACAGGAAUCGGGAGAAGGUUUUUGCGUCUCUUUGUCCUACCUCAUCUCGACUCCUGAGGCCCUGAAUUCACGACUCAGACUUAAUUCAGACAGAUUGGAAUGUCACAUGAGAGUGGUUGCCGAGAGGAGCCUAGGGGACUUCACCCAAGAAGUGGCCUUUUGGAGCGGCGACCUCGACGAUGACCUCGAUACAGACGACGACUUGGAUCUUGAUCUUUAUGGUCCUGUUUAACUAGACGAUUUGUGUUCGUGGUGAUUUCUGUAUUACUUGAUAUAAAGCUGCAGUAAGUUUCCGUUGUUCCUACAAUGCUCACUCUAUAGAACAUCUCUUUUGAUGCGUAGAGGCAGCAGAGUUGACGCCUAGAUUUACAAUCAUGACAAGACAUGUAUGUGCAAUACAGUGAUGGAAUACCUGUGAUAAUGUGCUAUAGUGCAGUGCCAAGUUCUCAAAAAUAUAAAGUUCUUAUCUGAAAAGGAGAGAGAGCAGAAUAUUCACAGCUACACCGUAAUGCUGUGAUGAAAGUGUAUGAUUCAUAAUGCAAUAUUUUCUUAAGCCUCUCUUUGCUGUACUGUAUUAUAGAUCACGAGAUAAGGAAUGGCUUUUGACUUGGAUCAUGGCAUGAAUUUAUAUCUUGGAAUGUAGACUGAAGUGUGGAAUGUUUGUGU